UUAAGAAGUGGUUUGGAGACCACAAGGGUAAGUGUUGAUUUAAAUUUGGAGAAUCAGGUCAGUAUAUCUGAGAUUGCUUCUUCUUUUGAUUCUGAAUUAGAAGCUGAAACUGAGACUCAGCCCAUGUCCAUUACUUAUGCUGUUUUGGAAAAACCAUUGAAAUUAAACUCUGGAUUUUUGAAUAUGCUUCCCAAGUUUCAUGGCCUACCUGGUGAAGACCCUUAUAGACAUGUUAAUGAGUUCCUCAUAACAUGUGCAGCCAUGGAACCUGAAGGAGUUCCUCAAGAACAAAUCAGACUUAGGGCCUUUCCCUUUUCAGUGAUAGAUAGAGCAAAAGAUUGGCUGUACUAUAUGCCUCCUGGAUCUUUUACAACCUGGCCAUCACUGCAUAGGGCAUUCUUAGAGGAAUUCUUUCCUGCCUCUAGAAUAGGAUCUAUUAGGAAGGACAUCUGUGGGAUAAAACAAAUGGGGAAUGAAUCAUUUUCUGAAUAUUGGAAGAGAUUCAAUAAACUCUGUGCUAGUUGUCCUCAGCAUCAAAUCUCUGAACAGCUGCUCAUCCAGUACUUCUAUGAAGGGUUAUCCCUAAUGGAUAGAAGUAUGGCCCAAAUUAACAACAGGUUACCUGUUCAACCAUUUCCUGCUCCUAAGGAGAAUGUGAGUGCUGUUGUCCUUAGGAAUAACAAAGUUCUUCCUGAACCUUCCUUAGGGAAUGUUAGAAGGGUUCAGGAAAUUAUGGAAAAGGAACUUGACUCACAGAAAAUCCAAGACCCUGAAUUGGUCAACAAUAAAUCUGUUGUGACUCCUGACACUCCUAGGGCAGUUUACAAACCUCAGCCACCUUUCCCCAGUAAAUAUCAGAAUCGAAGGAAGAACAGUAAAGAACCAGAUGAUGAAAUAGUUGAAAUGUUUAAAAAGGUUCAAGUAAACAUUCCUCUUUUAAAUGCAAUAAAAAAUGUUCCAAAAUAUGCAAAAUUUUUGAAAGAGAUGUGCACUAAUAAAAGAAGGCUGAAAGGGGAUGAGAGGGUGAACAUCAGUGAAAAUAUUUCUGCAAUCUUUCAAAAGAAACUUCCCCAGAAAUGUCAGGAUCCUGGUGUGUUUUCUGUGCCUUGUAAGAUUGGAAAUUUGGAGAAUACCAAGGCUUUACUUGAUUUAGGAGCAUCCAUCAAUGUCAUGCCUAGGGAGUUAUUUGACCAGUUGGGGGUAGGAGAACUAAAAGAGACUGGGGUAGUUAUUCAACUUGCUGACGGGAGUUUAACUUACCUUGAAGGGGUGGUUGAGGAUGUUUUAGUCCAGGUCAAUGACUUGCUUUUUCCUGCUGACUUUUAUGUCCUUAACAUGGGAAAGGAUUAUUCAGGCAUCCCUCUCCUUCUGGGCAGACCAUUUUUGAAAACUGCUAAGGCCAAAAUUGAUGUUGAUGCAGGAACUUUGUCCUUAGAAUUUGAAAAUGAAGUUAUUAAGUUUAACAUUUUUGAAGCAAUGAAGUUUCCUGAUCAACUCAAUCA